CCUUUGCUGUCAAAGUAUGAUUCGAAAAAAACACAAAUACAUCGUUUUUCUUAUUUAGUAACUUGUCAGCACAAAAUUCGAACACAAACACCUCCGAUACAUUCGAAAUUAUUGUGUUUACAUCGCGGUUUGGCGCUCCAGAUUAAAAGCGCUCGAACCCGAAAACGAAAAUCCAAAUAAAAUUCAAGACACGAAGAGCGGCACCAAAAGAUCUUAGCCCAGUUAAGAAAGGAACAAUUUGUGCCCCGUUUGUUAAGACACCGAACUGUUAAUGGGUGGUGCCGAUGUUUACGAAAAUUCUAAUUGAUGAAAUGGACAAGAAGGACAUGCAUCAUCAUCAUCAUCAUCACAAUCAGCAGAUGGUGUCGAAAUCUCUAUAUGGCUUGAGGAUGGGGGUCCAGGAGAAGUCCUCGACCAAUGUGGGCAGUGCUGUUCAAAGGAUCGAAUCGACAAGGAAGAACUCCUUGAGCAGUUAUCAAAGAAGGCAGUACUACAAUGACAAGCAAGUUAUGAUGACUUCUGGAACUCAGCCAUCCGUCUCUGCAACUCAUCAUCAUCAUCAACAUAGUGUUUUACCGCAAACCUCUGUCGAUCUCACGGAUAAGCUAGCCAAAAUCAAUCGUAGAAAUGCCAACAAAGAAAUAAAUGCCAUGGAGCUGAAAAACGCGCAAGCAGUAGAUAAAAACGAGGAGGCAUUGACGGAAUUGCAGAAGAGCAUUCCGGAGAUCAACAAGAUCUUCGAUGUUCAUUGUCGCAUUGGCAGUGGAACCUUCAGCUCAGUUCUGCUGGGAACUCUGCAGCGGGAAAGGUGUUUGUCGGAAACCCAGAGAAGAAGAUUCGCCAUCAAACAUCACAAUCCCACAAAUCAUCCGGAGCGAAUCCUCCGUGAGUUGGAGUGCAUGUUUCGCAUUGGCGGAGUGGACAACGUCAUUGGCAUUAACUGCUGCAUCAGAUACAAUGAGAAUGUGGCCUUUGUGUUGCCCUACAUGACUCAUGAUCGAUUCCACGACAUUUACAGGAGUCUAAGCCUUCAAGAGAUUCGGGAUUACUUGAGGAACCUGCUCAUCGCCCUCCGACAUGUCCACAAAUUCAAUGUUAUCCAUCGUGAUGUGAAACCGAGUAAUAUUUUAUUCAACCGCCGAACGGGGAAGUUUUUGCUCUGCGAUUUCGGUUUGGCUCAAAGGAUCGCCGCUGAUGGCAGUAUUAUGACUUCAAACGAACUCAGCUCCCCGGAAGGAUUCAGUUUUCUGAGGGACAUGGAAAACGGACGAAGGCUAAUGCUGCCGGAUGGAAAUUCCGCUCAAGCGGAGGACGACGAUUUCAUGGCGCUUCGAAGGAUGCGGGCAUCGGGUGGAGGCGGUGUAGAUUACAACCCGGCAGGACCUCCCUGCAUCCAGAAGCUCCGCGAGCAGGCUGGUGUCCACUUGACCAAGAGGGACGUGGCCAAUCAAAGGGCAGACACCUUGAGAUUGCUCAAUCGCCUGCGACUCAUGGGCCCCAAUGUGGAUCCCAACAAUUAUGUGAUAGCUGCCAACAGUUUGAAGAAGGAUACGCAUGCCUCGCGAGCCGGAACGCCAGGAUAUCGACCGCCGGAGGUGCUCCUCCGGUAUCCCCAUCAAACCACUGCGGUGGAUAUUUGGGCUGCUGGUGUGAUAAUGCUAUCUUUGCUAUCGGCUGUGCAUCCAUUUUUCAAGGCUCCCCACGAUUGCGCUGCCCUGGCGGAAAUCAUCAAUUUAUUUGGCGAUAUGCCGGUGCGCAAAACUGCCUUCAUGCUGGACAGGCUGAUUUUACUGGCGCAAAAGGUGAAUACCUUGGAUUUGCGGCGGGUCUGCAUGAGGUUUCGGCACGCGGACUUUUUCCUGGCCCCCGAAAUUCAUCGGAAAUAUCGCAGGCCCGAUGGCAGCACCGAAAUGUGCCGCAGCUGUGAACAGCCCACUUUCAAUUGCCUGUGCCACAAUAGUGGUCACCAUUUGGAGAACUACGAUGGCCUGGACAUGUUUCCCGCAAAUGCAUACGAUUUGUUGUCCCGCCUGCUGGAGGUGAAUCCCCAAAAGCGAAUUACCGCCGAGGAGGCUUUGAAGCAUCCGUUCUUCGGCGAUCAGCAUCGGAUUACGCCGGGAGUGCCGCUACAUCAGCAGCAGCACGUGUUGCAACAUCAGCAGCACUUGCGGCCCAGGGAAACACUUCCAUCGGCGGCGGCCAGAACUCUAAAGGCAUUCGUAUCCUAUCCCAUUGAACUGGUUACCACUGCUUCCCAGGCAGCGGGUAAUGUUUGAUUCCAGACCGACGAUGUUUGUUUUAUAUAUUCUUUGGUUUCGACUUGAGUCCUGGCCACCAAAAGAAAUAGAGAGAAAAAAAGAAAAGCCUUCCCUCAACCAAUUUGGGGCAGAAAAAAUUGUAUUGUGCACAAUCAAAAAAAAAUUAAAAACAAGGGAGAUGAAAAAUUUUUACGAAAUUUACAUCCGAAAUACUGGG